AUGCAGUUCACGGAAGAGAAGGCCGCGGAGGUCAAGUCAUGGGUUGUGAAGAAACUUGAAGAUAUCUCUGAUGCGGACUCGGAAGUGUUGGCGGAUUAUGUUCUUGCAUUGAUUUCCACCGAUGCCCCGGAUGAGGAGAUAAGGAAAGCUUCUAUCGAAAAUCUCGAGGACUUUUUGAAAGAGAAUACCAUCACUUUUGUGGACGAGAUCUUCGAAAAAUUCCAUCCAAAGCCAGAGCAGCAGACACUUCCGGCCACCACUCAACAGCCCGCUUUGCCUUCGCCCGUCCGGGAUACCCCGUUCAGCCAACCAGCGCCAAAUGCGGAUAUGAUGGCUCAAUUUGCGCAAGCUCAGCUUGGGGCCAUGGCUCAGCCGGGGCCAGCUGGAUUUGAAAGCAACGACCAACAAUUCAACGCACGGAAAAGAACAUUCAACGACUCGCAGGGUGAUGAUCAAGGCCCUUAUCAGAGAAAUGCGGAUAGGCCGUAUAAAUCCGCACGCGGUCGGCGCGGUCGAGGGGGUAUAGGAGGAUGGGAUAACCGACAAAAUCAAGGCUCACCGGGCCAGGGGUAUUCACCAAAUAUGCCAGGCGGCUUUCGCGGUGGCCCGGGAGCCCCACAGCCUGGUUUCCCUCCAUUCAAUCCCAAUGACCCAAUUGCGCAGAUGUUGAGCAUGUCAGGGAUGAGUUUCCCGCAGAUUCCAGGCAUGCCGCCUAUGCCACCGCUCCCAUCUCUCAAUGGGCAACCUCAGAGCUCGGGCUCUCCUCCUAACAAGAUCGCAGAGCGAUGCAAGGACUAUGAUACUAUGGGUUUCUGCGUUUUGGGAAGCACUUGCCCCUACCAGCAUGGCCAGGAUCAUUUGGUUGCCCCCUCGAAAGAUGAUGAGUAUGAUCCAACUAAAUCCAAUAUUGUGUCUAUGCAUGCAACGAAUGGCGCCAAUGGACAUGGCUCCGGAGGACGCGGCGAUCGAGGCAGAGGGCGAGGUCGUGGCCGCGGUGAUAGAGGAGGCCAUGGCCCGCAGCGCCGUAACCGAGCUGACUUUUCACACGCUGGCCCCAACGAAGACCGGAGAAUUACAACGAUCGUGGUUGAGCAAAUACCAGAGGACAAGUUUGACGAAGCUACGGUCCGAGAAUUCUUCUCCGAUUUUGGUGAGAUUACAGAGAUCACUAUGAAGCCGUAUAAACACCUAGCGCUUGUCAAAUAUGACUCGUAUGAUGCAGCUCAUCGAGCAUGGUCGAGCCCCAAAGUCAUUUUUGACAACAGAUUUGUAAAAGUGUACUGGUAUAAACCUACAGAGUCGAAAGGUGAUAGCAACGGCUUUAAACCAGCCUCUACCGAAGCAUCGUCAUUUGACAUGGAAGCGUUCGAGAAGCAGCAGGCAGAGGCCCAGAAGGCCCAUGAAGAGAAAGCUAGGAAACGAAAAGAAACGGAAGAAGCAAUCUUGGAGCACAAAAAGAAAACAGAGGAGUUGCUCAAACGUCACAAGGAGGAGCAAGCUAAGCUACUGCAAAAGCUAGAAGCCAAAGGCGCCGGAAAAGAGGCUGCUUCCUCUGAGUCGGGAGCUCCAGCGAAUGAUCUGACUGCCUCUCUCCGUGCUCAACUGGCGUCUCUACAAGCAGAAGCUAAGAGUAUGGGUAUUGACCCUGAUGCACAACCAGAAUCUACAUUCAGCCGUGGCCGUGGUCGAGGCUAUGGUAGCUUCCGUGGCAGAGGUGGGUUCGCUCCUCGAGGCCGUGGCUAUGACCCUUCAUACAGAGGGGGGUUGAGAGGUCGUGGAGGGUUCCGAGGCCGUGGAGGUGUGAUUCGCCUCGAUAACCGCCCUAAAAGGGUUGCUAUUUCAGGGGUAGAAUUCGAUACUAACCGCGAUGAGGCACUGAGGCAAUAUCUUUUGGGAAUUGGAGAGUAUGAGAGCGUUGAUCCCAGCCCAGAUCGCCCUGGAGCUUUGGUAGUAUCGUUCAAAGACCGAUAUGUUGCUGAAAAGCUGUUCCAUGGGCCAACCGACAUCCCAUCCGUGGGCAAAGUUGAGUUUGCCUGGGUUGCCAACCCUGCGCCAGCCUCGACGCAGCCGCCUAGCACCGGGGCUGCGCAAAAAACAAGCGAAGAUGUAGCAAUGACUGAUAGUAAUGCGUCUGGUGCAGCUAUACCAGAGAAAGAACCCGCCCAUGAAGUUGACUAUGAUGUCGCCGAGAUGGACGAUUCCUGGGCUGAGUAA